UGCCAUUCUACGUCACAUUUCAGAUAAACAACAACAAUAGCACCCAAAUGUCGCAGAAAAACAUUACCAGGUUUUAAUUUCUUAGCGUCUUUUAAAACACUUUUAUCGCUAUGUUAUCUUAAGUAUGAAGCUGUCUUUUCUGUCUUCUUAUCGAAGGUGAUCUACAGCAGAAAUUAGUUGUAGCUGUGGCUUGAACACAGACAGGCCCAGAAGUUUUUGGUUUUGAUAGAAGCUACCAUCAACACAUAAAAAUGGCCCAACAGAGAGGAGUGAACAGUCUCCAGUUUAAUCAAGAUCAGAGUUGCUUCUGUUGUGCAAUGGAGACAGGUGUCCGCAUUUAUAAUGUUGAGCCCCUGAUGGAAAAAGGACAUCUUGAUCAUGAACAGGUUGGAAGUGUUGCUCUUUGCUCUAUGCUUCAUCGCUCAAACUUGCUGGCUGUCGUCGGAGGAGGUGUGAACCCCAAAUUUUCAGAGAUUUCAGUGCUUAUCUGGGAUGAUGCACGAGAGUCUAGAGAUGCCAAGGACAAAUUGGUUUUGGAAUUCACUUUCACAAAGCCUGUGCUCUCUGUCCGUAUGAGACAUGACAAGAUCAUCAUUGUCCUGAAAAACAAAAUAUAUGUGUACAGCUUCCCUGAGAACCCUACAAAGCUGUUUGAAUUUGACACCAGAGACAAUCCAAAAGGUUUGUGUGACCUAUGCCCUAGCCUUGAGAAGCAGUUGCUUGUUUUCCCUGGACACAAGUGUGGCAGCUUACAGCUCGUGGACCUGUCGAACACCAAGCCAGGGACAUCCUCCGCGCCUUUCACCAUCAACGCCCACCAGAGUGAGAUCGCCUGCUUGGCGCUCAACCAGCCUGGCAGCGUGGCGGCCUCCGCCUCCCGCAAGGGCACCCUCAUCCGCCUCUUCGACACCACCACCCGGGACAAGCUGGUGGAGCUGCGCAGAGGGACAGACCCUGCCACCCUCUACUGCAUCAACUUCAGCCAUGAUUCCUCCUUCCUCUGUGCCUCCAGCGACAAGGGCACUGUGCACAUCUUUGCUCUGAAGGACACCAAGCUGAACCGCCGCUCUGCGCUGGCCAGAGUGGGAAAGGUUGGUCCAGUGAUAGGGCAGUACGUGGACAGCCAGUGGUCCCUUGCCAGCUUCACCGUGCCAGCCGAAUGUGCCUGCAUCUGCGCUUUUGGGAAGAACACAUCCAAAAAUGUGAACUCUGUCAUUGCUAUAUGUGUUGACGGGACAUUCCACAAGUAUGUCUUCACGCCUGAUGGAAACUGUAACCGUGAAGCAUUUGAUGUUUACCUUGACAUCUGUGAUGACGAUGACUUUUGAACCUGAAGAAGACCUGAAUUGGAGACGAUGACUGACUGCUUUGAGAAAACACUUUCACCAGUGCAAGAAAACAUUACACUUUAAAAGCUGCAAUAUUGCAGUACAUUGUUCUACGGAGAUAGCUUUGUUUUGUAUGUAUCAUCAUGUAUUGAACUAUGAUUGUAAACAUGUAAAUAGCCAAACUGGAUAUCAAAUAAAAUUCCUGAAAUCCUGU